GGGGAGGAAUCGUCGCCUCCUCAACAAAAUGUUGAUACAUCUACUCCUUCAAGCCCCCGUGCCCCUCCACCAAAAAGGGCACGGGUUGAAAAGAUUGUUGAUCCUGCCCCUCAGUUGGGCAGUUCGUCGCCCCCGCUCCUAGAUGAUCCUAUGAUCAAGGAUCUUCUCCGCAUCGGUUCCCAAUUUAUUGGGUACCGUGAAUAUGCUAAUAGAGCCGAAGAGAAAUUUGCAGAGGCUAACGAACGCGCCGACGCACUGGCUCAAAAACUUGAGCAAAGUGAGGCGGCUCGCAAGAAAGCCGAACUCGCUGCUAGCAAAGCCAAGGUCGAAGCUGAUGAAGCUAAGGCGAAAGCUGCUGGUGUCGAGGAACUGCAGAAGAAACUUGAGGAUGCGACAACUGCCUUGGAUGAGCUCAAAGCUGCACAAGCUUCUCGUGACGAAGGAAUCCUCAAGCGUUUGAAGUCGCAAAGUCGACGUACUCUGACCCAAACAAACCAGGAUUUUGAUCUGGAUAAUCCUGUCAACGAUCCUCUCCUUGACGCACUUUCUCUUCUGGAGUUUCACGGGCGCGAAAUUCGUGAAGGCGUGGCAAAUGCUAAUGCAGGAUUGUCAGCGUUGUUCCCUUAUUUCUUUCCGAAGAAAGAAGAACCCGCAACUUUCCUUAACCUCGCCAAGAUGUUUAAUGCUUCGGAAGACCUGGGAUUGAAGAUGCGUCAGGAGAAUAUGAAGGUUGCUGUCGAGAGUACUGUUGCCCUGGUUGCUGACAGCCAACAAACGCUUGAUUGGAUGAAGGUUGGCGACACCAGUCAGAUAGAGCAGUCAAGAUGGAGGUCGCUGAUCAAGGCGGCCAAGCCCAACACGAAGAAGAUCUUGGCGUAUCUGGGGAUCAAGCCAGCUUCAACUCCUAGCUCCUCGAGGCCGGAGGUCUAGUUGCAUGCCUCUGUUUUUCUUUCUGUUUCUUUUGCUUCUGUCGCCAAAGUAGUCAUUUGGCGACACGUACUUUCUUAACUCCACUGUAAUGCCCUUGUAAUUAUUCCAAGAGAUUAAUGAAGACUUCUAUCUUUGCUUGUUA